AUGAGGAUCUCAUUUGACCAAGUGCAUGCUCAUGCAUCCGUGUGUCAGGUUGUUCCAAUAUACCAGACCCUAGCCAAAUGGCUCCCUCACCCAGAAAAGGUUCUGUUUUUGUUUUUUGUUGUUGUAUUGUAUAUCAUGGGAGCACUUAGCCCAUACUACAACUAUAAUUGUUACCCUUAUGAACCUCAUCAAACUAACAACAACUCAGAACUCAUCACUUUUCAACAUCAUGAACAACAACAACAACAACAAUCAUCAUUACCUCAAUUAUCACAAAUUUCAGAACAUAAUAAUAACCACCAUUUUUCUUCUUACUUAGAUGAAACCUUGUUUUUUCAAAGUCCAUAUUUUUACUCAAAUGAGACUUACCCUUCUCAUGAACAACUACUUAUUGACACCACUUUCUCUUCUCAAAAUGAUGGCUUCAUUUCAAUGAAUGAAAUUUUCUCAAAUGAACAAGAUUUCAAUUUCAACACCUACCUUCCAAAACGACAAAAGCUAUGUUAUGAGGAGAAAAAAGUGCAACAACAAGAAGAAGAGCUUUUGAACUCAACCAAUUUUUUUGUGGAUGAGUUUAUUACUAACCCUUUUGUUUCCUUUGAAGCAGAACCACAAUUUUAUGGUUCUGCUUCAAAAAUUGUUGAUGUUGUUGGUUGUGAGAAGAAAGUGAACGAAAAGACUAUCUCUCCCCAGAGUAUUGCGGCGAGAGAAAGAAGAAGAAAGAUAACUGAGAAGACACAAGAGCUUGGGAAGUUAGUUCCUGGUGGUUCUAAGAUGAACACAGCAGAGAUGUUUAAUGCUGCUGCUAAUUAUGUUAAGUUUCUUCAAGCUCAAGUUGGAAUGCUUCAAGUUAUGGGAACAUUAAGCAAGGAAGAAAAGGAACCUCCUCCAAGUAAAGAUCUACACAAUCUACUUGUUUCUCCUUUUGUUCAAGAGAAGUUGUAUUUGGAAGAAAAGUGCUUUGUUCCAAAAGAGUUUGUCACCACAUUAACCAAUCAUGAUGAUGUUAGAUCAAAACCUACCAUCCUUAAGGGCCUUAAGCAGCUUAUUGGAACAGAGAUUAAUGAGAAGAAACCAAAGCAAGAAUAA